AUGAUGCAACAGUACCGAGCGAAAGCACUCAUGAUCUCGAGCAGCAGAAUCAGGCGUUGCUGUACAGAAACAGGAGGAGAAGCAGCAAGGGGUUUUGUAGUAACGGUGAGAUCCGAGUCAAUGAUCAAACCUUCAUCACCAACUCCUCCCCACCUCCGCCGCUUCAAGCUCUCUCUCUUCGACCUCAUCACGCCACCAGAAUACUACGCGACCUUCGUGUCUUUUUACAGAGCUCCGCCGGCGGCGGCGAGCCAACACCGCCACCACGUGGUCCUCCGAGACUCGCUCUCCAAAGCUCUCUCCCACUUCUACCCACUGGCCGGCAGGCUCGAGCUGGUGUGGGGCCCCGACGGUGGUUGGGGCCCCACACCCAGCUCGUUUGUAAACUGCAACGAUGAGGGGGUACUGUACGUGGAAGCAGAAGCGGACCAAGACAUGGCAGAAUUCCUGGGGGACACCGUGCCGGUGUCGGAGGCCCAGCUGCUCAGUCAGCAGCUGGGCCCCCCGCGCCCUAGGGUCGUCUGUCCACGGUCGUCUUCUUCACAGGUAGUGUAUCUCGCCGCCGUGAAGACGACCGUGUUCCGCUGCGGCGGCAUCGCUGUUGGAGUUUCUGUGAGCCACGUUGUAGCAGACGCUCAGGUUACAGGCAUGCUGCUCAAGAAAUGGGCGGCCUUCGCGGUCGGCGGUACUACUACUACCGCCGACCGUGGAUACGCCCACGACGCGGCCGCUUCGCUUUUCCAAGCGGAAGAAUCCAUCAUCAGCGGUACGCGGUCGUACAUGAGGGAGCUGUCCGAGAAAGCGGCGGCUAACCGGCUCGGUGCUGUUGCGAAUCAGAGAUUCGUUUUCACACGGGAGGCCAUCUCGGCCCUGAAAACGGAAGCCCGGAGCGAGCAGGUGCCCGACCCGAGCCGGACGGCGGCCAUCUCCGGGCUUAUCUGGAAGGCUGCUAACGACGCCAGCAGGGAAACUGCUGGCGCCGCUGCAGCCACCUCCGUACUACUUUCCGUGGUCAACCUUCGGCCCAGGCUGAAAGUCCCACUACAGGACUACCCUAUGGGAAACGUAUUAUGGGUCGCCGCCGCAGCGGCGACACUUCACAUCGAUGGUAAUGGUGAUGAUCGUCAAGUGCUGAAGCAAUUGGUUAAGCUGGUGAAGGGGUCAGUCGCAGAAGUGGACGGAGAUUUUGUGGAGAAACUGCAGGGAGGCACGAAAGCGCAUCACGAAUUACAGAAGCUGUUGAUCGCGAGCUGGAGCAGCAACAGCAGCAUCAAUAGUAGUACGAGGCAGUACAAUCUCUCAAGCAUUCUGAGGAACGGGAUGAAUGAAGUGGAUUUCGGGUGGGGAAAGCCUUUGUGGGUUCGCUUUCUGUGGCUCACUGACGAGCCUCCUGGUCGGGACAACGUUGUGCUGAUGGAAGCCACAGCUGGUGACGACGGUGCAGUUGAAGCCUUGGUAAGCUUGGAUGAACGAGAGAUGGCCAUCUUUCAACAGGAUCCCCACCUCCUUCGAUAUGCUGUACUUAAUCCAAGAAUUCGGCUGUGA